AAUAUUUUUUUUGUUAAAUUAUUAUUUUUUUCAUAAUUUUUUUAAUAAAAUUAUUUUUUUUUUGUUAAAUUUUUUUUUAUAAAAUUAUUUUCUUUAAUAUAAAAAUUUUUCGUCAAAAAUUUUUUUUUUCUAAAUUUAAAAAAAAUCCACCGACAAAAAUGCACUCCAUAAGCAUUUUAUACGCGCUCGUCGCCUUCUGCGCCGUACUGUCGGCAACUUUCGGCAGCAGUAGCGUGGCAACCAACUGUGCGGUUGGUGCAACAUGCCCCAUAACUAUUAGCAGCACUACGUCCAGCACCGCUGCAAGCACCACGACAGGCAAAAGCGCCGCUAUAAGCGCCACCACCGAAAACAUUCACCACGAAAACAACAACAACAAUAAACGUAAUUUCUUAAAAGAGAAACCGAAAGAACUGCAAACCUGCCAGCGCAAGUCAGCUGAUUUUGAUAAAUGCAUUGUGAAUGCAUAUCAAAAUAUAUUCAGCACAUGGAAGCAUGGCAUCGAUGGCGUCCCGCAUUCCACACCCAUCGAUCCAUUAUUCGUACACGAAUUCGAAGUCAUCGAAGAUCGUGAAAAUAUUACACCGAUCGCGGUGAAGAUCAAUAACAUAACUGUAACCGGUUUGAGUGAGGCGAAGGUGAAGAGUGUCAACUUCAAGGAUAAUGAGUACGAUUUCAAAAUGACCUACUUGGUGCCGAAAAUACGACUUAACGGUCAUUACACAGCGAAAGGGCACGUGCUGCUGCUCAAACUCGACACGAGCGGUGAAAUGUUCAUGGAAAUACUUGAAGGUCUCUACACCGUUACGACCAAGGUUAAAUUGAAUCCCUUGGAGAGUCACAAAUUUUUCAAUCUGAAAGCGCUGCAAUUUAAUGUGAACUCCAUAAAGGAUUUGCAUUUGCACUUCGACAAUUUGUUCAAGGACAAAGUGCUGAACGAUAACACCAAUGCCGUGUUCAAUGGCAGCUGGCGUGUAUUCUUCGACAUAUUCAAGCCGAAAAUCGAAGCGGAAAUCAAUAAAGUACUAUUGGCGCACUUCCGCAGCGUGUUCGAACAGGUGCCGGCCGAGUUUUUCAUUGCCGACGUCGCAACAGCGGAGGAGAAGCCGGUAGAGCACAUCACAGCGCAUAGCCAUGUACAUAGUGGUAACAUCAAAGAAAUUACGCAUUUGGAAUUGCUGCAGAAGCACGAGUCACACGGCAGUUCAAAGGCAGAGGAGAAGGAGCAUAAGCUGCAUUGAAUUUAAUGCAAGAGCGCAUAAGUGGUAGGCGUGCGCUUUGAAUGAAGUAUUUGUAAUUGACUA